AUGACCCGUGGUAAGCCGGAGCGGAGGCAGCAGCAGCCACCACGGCAGCAGCCGGUCCGGAACGUGGACUUACGACAGCCCCUCGCCCCGGUACCCGCCGUCCACUCCGGACAUCUCCUACCAGGAACCCGCUCCUGUAAUCGUACACAAGAAGCACUCCAAGUCCAGGAUGGAAUGGCAAAGGUUAUCUGGUCGCUCGACCGUGGAGGAUUGGUAUGGCUGGUUAAGUCAUCGCCGUAUUGCCCUUAUUGUCUUGCAGUGAUUCCUCAGCCCCAGGUGGCACUGCAGCUGACGGCAGUCCCUCACCAUAAGAUGAAGCUCAUUAGAGGUCGUCAGGAAGUGAUUCUGGGUCUAAUUCAAGCCGAUCCCGUUCUAGUUCAGCGUCGAGUCAGUCAGGGUCGAGCACUUGUUCGACUGCAUCAUCAUCUCCAACCUCCGAAAAAUCCUGUUCCACGCAUCACAGCUAAUCAACAAAGUAAUAUAAGAAGUAGUGGAGCGCAGCCGAGCGCCGCUAAUCAUACAAAUAGCAAUAGCCCAGCAGUACACUCUGAAGAUAGAAGGCCGCUGGCGAUCUGUGUAAGAAACCUUCCGGCGAGGUCAUCAGACACGAGCCUGAAGGACGGGCUGUACCAUGAGUACAAAAAGCAUGGUAAGGUGACGUGGGUGAAAGUGGUCGGCCAAGGCGUCGACCGCUAUGCCCUAGUUUCCUUUAAGAAGCCGGAGGAUGUGGACAAGGCCCUUCAGGUCUCGCACGACAAAUUGUUCUUCGGUUGUAAGAUAGAAGUAGCCCCGUAUCAAGGUUAUGAUGUUGAUGACAAUGAAUUUAGGCCAUUCGAGGCAGAACAGGAUGAAUUCCAUCCAAAAGCAACUAGAACCCUUUUUAUUGGAAAUUUGGAUAAGGACAUUACAACGCAGGAAAUUAGGAAACAUUUCGAUCAAUUUGGUGAAAUAAUUGAUAUUGAUAUAAAGAAGCAGGGUACAUCGUCGUCGUACGCUUUCUGUCAGUUCUCGGACAUCGGGAGCGUCGUGAGAGCUAUGAGAAGUUUGGACGGCGAGCACGUCGGCAACAGCGGCAACAGGGUCAAGUUAGGCUUCGGCAAGUCCAUGCAUACCAGCUGCGUUUGGGUCGACGGAGUCGCUGAAACCGUGUCAGAAAAAUACCUUAGUCAACAGUUCGGGCAGUUCGGUCCUGUAUCACAUGUUGUUAUAGAUCGGGCAAGAGGCCAAGCACUUGUAUCUUACGAACAGAUUACCUAUGCGCAACAAGCAGUGAAGGAAAUGCGAGGUGCUGUUCUCCGUGGUAGGAAGUUGCAAGUAGAUUAUGCCUCCAGAGAAUGUCAGGAAUCUUUCUAUGACCAUAUGGAGAAACAAUCUAGUUCGUCUACUCAUCCACCAUUUGAAAACAGCAGCAGUAGUGUAGCAGGUUCUCCUCAAAAUCUGCGGGUGUUUGAGAGUCCGUCCUCUUCAACUACAGCACCUUGUACUGGUACAGGUAAUUCUGUUACCAACAGGUACAACAGCUGCUCUCGGUACAGCACCAGCAGGAGUAGUAGCUAUGCUCGCAGUUCCUCUCCUUCAAGGUCCAGGCAUUCUAGCAAUAGAUUUCAGGAUUAUCCUUCAUCUACUGCUACAGGCCAGGAAUAUGAAAGGAGGCCAUCGUAUAGGAGUUAUGAAGAUAUGACUCAAGUAGAAGAAAACAAUACCCCCUCUACGGGAACUGGAGAUAUCCGCCAUCUUCAGAAAGAAAGAGUGUCACUUCUCGAACAAUUAGAGGAUUGCACGAGCUCAGGAGAGGAAGGCACCAAUAGAAGAAGGUGCAACAAACACAGGAGGAGUCAAAGUGGAGAGAGUUCGAGGCCAGGAACGCCUUUGUGCGACGAGAGGCCCGAGAACUUAGGUCCUGUUGAGCCGAGAAGGCCGAGAGAGUCCAGGCCACCUGAUCCUCUAUCCCUUCCCCUCCCGAGGUUCGCAUCUCAGGUGUUGAGCCCACGUCCUGCACCCCCUAGUCCGCCAGCAAGUCCUCAAACCCAUUCAUCCUCCUCAGAUUCCGAACCGUCUCCUGAGUGGGAGGAAAGGUUGCGAUCACUUGAUGAAAAAUAUGAAAAGUGGAGCAGUGGAUCCAGGGCUGGGCUCACCAAAGUUGACCUAUCCACUCUCAAAGUGAGGCAUAAGCUCCUAGAGCUUGACCUCCAUGAGCUUCAGCCUUCAGAAAUUGUUAAAUCAGUUCUUGCUAAGAGGUCAGUGUUCGAUGAAGACUCCAAAAGGUUAGAAAAUUUUGGUGAAAAAUAUGAACCUAGAGAAUUUGUACCUGCCAGGCCAAGUCUGCUCAGGGGAAGACUAGACCUGUCGCCAAUGAGCUCCCCGAUCGUGAAAAGCCCGUCCUCGCCAGCUGCUAAGGGAUUGCAGUACCCCUUUCCAAGUCACCCACCAGUUCAACCGACGACGAGUGUGGCCACAACAACGGCACCUACGUCGACUACAGUAACGGUGGCAGCAACGGAAAUCAAGCCAACAGCUACUACAUUCCUUACUAAUUGCACUCCUGCAAGACAAUUCCCUCUGCCUAAGAUCUCAUCCCCCCAGGCAGAGAAGUGUGAAUCAAAUAUCAGGUUGACUUGCACUAAAGUAUUGCCCUCUGCAGUGUCAACAGUAAAGCAGGCAACAGUACCUUGUAAACCACCUUUGGAUAUUAAGAAAGAGCAACCACCUCCGCCUUUAAUAACCAAGGUCAAGACCAAUACCCCUGUACGGAGAGAGAGCUCCGAUGACAAGAAAGAUGAAAGUCGAAGAAAAUCAAGAGACGAAUCUGUAGAAAGUGUCAAAAGUGGGGAUAGUGUCAAACGUGAGGACACAAGUGAGUGUGAUAAAGUUAGAGAUUCCCAAAUUACUGAAAGGCGGAAAAGUAUCUCAGAAAAAAGAAGAAGUAGUUCUGAACAUAAAGAAAUCAAUUGUGAAAGAUCCAAGGACCCUUCUGAAAAACGGAGAGGUAGUUCUGAAACUGAAUCAGAAACUAAUAAAAGAAAUGAAAACAAGAAAAGUUUCGAAGAAAAUCAUAUCGAAAUGCCAAAACUCCUUUCAGAACCUGACAAAAUUAGUAGAAAAAUUGUUAGUGAUAGUAUCGAAAGGAGAAAAGAAACCGAAUCAAACAUUAGGCCAAAUGGUGAUCAAGAAAAGAAAAAAGAUGUUUUCGGUGUUAAUUCUGAAAAGGAUAGAAGAAGAAACCGAGAGAGUAUAGAUACAUCUGACAAUCCGAAACAUAGCAAAAAAGUACCUGAUAUAAAAAAGGAAGUAGAUUCUGUAGACAAGCGUGAUAAGGACGAAGACGUCAAGGUUGUCGAAUUAGAUAAAAAGAAAGAAACUUGUGAUCAAAGCAAUAUUCAGAAUGUAAAUAGGCAUAAGGAAAAGAAGGAUCACCAGGACAGAAGAAGAGAUAGCUCUGAACAUUCCGAAAAGAAAUCUGAAAGAAUUAGUCCCGAAAAUUCCGAGGUUCAUAGGAUAAAAGAUAAAAAAGCCAACCAUGAUCUCUCCGAACCUAGGAAUUCCAAAAAACAAAACGAAGAAAAUGAAAUCAAAGUCGAAAUCGUCAAACAUAAAGAUUCCGAAAGGAGAAAGAAUUCUGAGAAUGAAAUAUCCAAAGAACAUUCCUUGUUUAAGAAAGUUUUUGGUUUUGCAGAGAGGACUUAUGGGCAUCAUAAAGACAGAAGGGAUUCAGAUUCCACUGCUGUAAAAACAGAUGACACCAUUAAACAUCGAAGGGAUCAUUCAGAGAAGGAUAGGAAAAGGGAUAAGGAUUCAGAUCAUUCAGAAUCGUCAUCUUCUUCAAAGCAUAAAUCCAGAAAAAGUCCUGACCAACCAGAAAACAAUAGGCAUAAAGAGAGGAAGCGUUCAGAGUCCUCGGAAAAGAGAAUUAGAAAAGAGCUUGAACAAUCAGAUGACCAUAAACAGAAAAGUGAUCAUUUGGACACCUUUCAUAGCAAAUCAAGGGAGCGAAAAGAAGAACGUUCUUCCAAAGAAAGUUCUAAAAAUGUAUUUCAUUCCGAACAUCUCAGCGAUAUUAAUACCUUUAUUAAGCACAAUGACAGACGAAAGGAUCCAUCUCUUGAUGAAUCUAGAAAUUCAGAAUCAGACUCCAAUGAUCUCAAAUUGACAAAAGAUGGAGAAAGUAAAAAGGAUAAUGAAAUGUUCUUUGAGAGGCGGAAAGAAGAAAGUGCUGAAGGUAGGAGUAAAGGUAGUAAUGAAAGGAGAAAAGAUAGUGUCGAUAAAUAUUUCGAUAAUGAUAAAUAUACUGAUAGGUCCAAAAGAAUCAAUGAUGAGUCAGAUCUCGAAAAGAAAAACGAUUCAUCUUCAGAUAUAGUCAAGUAUAAACAUGAAAGGCAUAGAGAUAACGAUAGAAAAAGAGACCUCAUAAAUAUUGAAAAUUGUCGUACUAAAGAACCGAAAGAGGAACAUCGCCAAAGAGAAGAAGUAGGGAAACAUAAAGAUGAAAGAAAAUCAGAACCUGAUCUGUUUGAUUGUUUGAAGUCUAAAGAUGAAAAUUACCGAUAUAGAGACUACUCUAGGAAAAAGGACAACGAAAACCAAGAACAUAUUAGAAUAACAGAAAAGAAGAAGGAAGAAAAGGAUAAGAAAAAAGAUCGUGAGUCACAGGACAGUAUAUUUAAGGUCAGGGAUUCCGAAGAUAAAUCUACUGAAAGGGAAAUAGAAAAAUUGAAAAGGAGCAAAGAGUUUGAUUUAACUGAGGGAAAGGUCAAUGGUGAUCACGAUGAUUAUUGCUUGGAAAGUAUUGAUUAUAGGAAACCAAACUUCGAUGAAGAACAUCAUGCUAAGAAAGAAAAAAGGAAAGAAAGAAGUAAUUGGCCUGCUACCAUUGGAUGUAAGAGAAGGUUAAGUUCACAAGACAGCUUGGAAAUAGUGGAUGAUGCCAAAAGGAGUAAGCCUGAAAGGAGGGAUUCCAAGGACAGUGGUAGGAGCAGUGGUAGCAGUAGGAAGAGCAGCAGUGAAAAGCACAAAGGAUUUACGAAACUUCUUGAAGAAAAGAUCAAAGAAGACAAAGAACGUGAACAGAGAAAAAAGGAAGAUUCAAUGAUUGACCCUAACCUCCAAUGCGACGACAAAAUGUCUAAACCAGCUAUACGCAAAGAGAAAAGGAAUAGUGGAGAAAAACGGAAGGAGGAAAGAAAAUUCAAAAGCCGGCCCAGGGAAAAUGGCACUGCUAGUGAAAGUGACUUGUGCAGUGGUGAUGAAGAAGCAAAAGCCAACAAGAGGCAACAUUCAAUAUUUGAUAUUGUCGAUGAUGAGCCAGCUUAUAUUUCCAUGUAUGAUAAAGUCAAGGCUAGAUCUACCAAGAACAUGCAAAAGCAAGAAGAAGAGAAAAGGCAAGAAAAGCUUAAAGAGAAAUUCCAUCAGCUCAAAGCAAGCAGAGCCAAACGAGAAGAAAAGAAAAGGUCAACUUCUUAUGAUGAAGACUCAGAUUCAGAAAAAGGAGGGAGCAGAAGAUCAAACAAAUUGUUAAUAACUAGUUCGGAAGAUGAAGCAUGUUCUGAAAAUGAUGUAAGGGUGAGAACAAGAAAGGUUCUGUGCGAUACUUCCGAAGAUGAUACUAUAACAACUCCUCGUUCGCGCAGUAACAAGUAUUCAGAUUAUGAAACAAAGAGUUCAAGGAAAAUAAUAUCUGAUAUUUCAGAAGAUGACUCCCUUUUAAAACAUAGUACACCUAAAAUUAAAUCAUCAAGAAAUAUCUCUUUCGAAUCGGACAUGAAAACCAGAAAAAUAAUGUCUGAUACAUCAGAAGAUGACAGCACUAGACAAACAACACCAAGGCAGAAACCUUCAAGGAUUCAGUCCGAUGAUAGUGAAGGUGACUUAGGUUUUGAAGAUUCUGUCAAGACAGAGCCGAUUGCUGUAGAACCCUUCAUAGAACCCGUUAAAAUAACAGAUGUGUUUACUAGUCGUCCAGUUGAGAUGAACCAUUUUGCCAGCAACGAUCAUGAUCAAAAGCAACUCCAACUGCAGUCUUCACCUGAAACUUUGCUUAGGAUGCCUCUUUGCAACAGUGUUUCCUCUGAACAACCUAGGAAGAAGAAUCAUAAGAAGAAAGCUAAGAAGAAAAAUUAUGAAGUGAGUGAAGAUGGUACGAUAAUAGUCAGAAAGCAUUCAUCAAAGAAGGAAAAGAAAAAAUCCCACCGGGAUGAUGAUGAUGAGAAAAAAUCUAGAAAAAAGAAAAGUGAAAGAGAAGGCUCCUCAAACAAAAGAGAAGAAAAAUUUGAAGAUAUUUUUGGGCCAUUAUCUGAUGACUCUGAAAAAGCUGCUAUGAGUAAGUGGCAAGUAUCCCAAGUUUAUGGUUCUGAUUCCGAGUCUGAAAGGGAAAACAUCAGGAAAAAAGAAAAGAAACGUAAGGAAAAGAAACUAAGAGAGCAAUUAGAUGAAGCUGGUCGAGCCUUAGAAGCAAAACUGCUUGAUACAUCAGAGGAUAUCACUGAAGAACCUGUGAAAACAAAGAAGAAGAAGAGGAAAAAAUCUAGAGACGAAAAAAUUAAGCAUCAUCGUAUUAUUGAUGAAGAAACAUUACCACCCCUCUUUUCUGCUAGCAUUGAACAAGAUUCUACAUCUGAUUAUAAAAGAUCAGAAGCUGAAAGUGUAAUAAAGGAAUCCGAACCCGAAACGAAACAAGACACAGAAAGGGAAACAGAUGUUGAAAAAGAGGAUGAGGAAAGCAAAAUGGAAACAGACUUUGAGGAAAAUGUUAAAAAGGAGGAUAUAUCAUUACCUAGACAACAUUCUUCUUCUCUCUCUAGCUUACUGGACAGCCCUCCUGCACAACUAACACCUACUAAGAAACCAGAUAUACCUGGUUUUGGAACAGAAGUGGAUGAAACUAUUCAUGAAACCGCGGUCAAAAGUAUUUCAGAAUCCACCAUUGAGGAUUCUCCUCUUCCUCAAGAAAAAUUCGAUGAAAAGCCGAAACAAGAAGAUGUAACUUCUGGAGACAAACCCACACCUAUCAUUUCACAAGAGGAGACUGAGGAUGCCGUAGCGGCACUUCUAAUGGAAGAAACUUUUGGUUCGAGUUUUGAGAGAUAUUCUGACGACACCACUAAACCUGAUACUCCUGUUUCCGAACCAGAUUUGCAAAUCGAUACAGAUACUGAGGACACUUUUGAUCCAAUUGAUUUUUCAAAAGCUACAAAAUCUCCUGAAACAGCAAAUGUUUCUUUUUGUCCCAAUAAUGAUACGAGAGAAGGCUUAGAGGAAAGGAUUAUGUCUCUUGCUUGUUCGACUGAGUCCUCUCUCAAAGAACAAGAAAAAACACAAUCUAUUUCUACUGAUGUUAAAAAAGAUCCACCUUCUGACAAAACUGAUUCAGAAACAGAACAGUUAGAACACCCAUCUGAGAAGCCAGCAAUCAUAAAAUCACCAGUGAUAGAAAAUAAUAAGUCUGAUGACCCACUGAAAUCAGUAACUAAAGACCCAAUCCCGAAAAUAUUGAAUGAGGAUAAGCCCAUCGAAAUAGAUGAUGAUGAAGAUGAAGAGCUUGAAACAAGUAAGAGUGAUAAAAACAGUUCUUCAGAUAAAUUAGAAACUUCUAAUUCUAGCUUAGAGACUGUUAAGUCUGCCGAAUCAAUAGAAAUGUCUGAUAAAGUUAUUAAAAUAGAUGUGAAGGAAGUCCAGGGUAACAAACAUAUUGAUAAUUUGUCUCAUACUACAUUACUAACUCAAUCAGUAAAACAUCAGCCACAGCUUCAAAACCAGCAAAAGGAACAGUUGAUUCAACAGCAAGAGCACAUUCGGCUUCAGCCACAGCUCCAAAACCAGCAAAAGGAACAGUUGAUUCAACAGCAAGAGCCCAUUCGGCAUCAAUCGCAGCUCCAAAACCAGCAAAAGGAACAGUUGAUUCAACAAAAAGAGCACAUUCGCCAUCAGCCACAGCUUCAAAACCAGCAAAAGGAACAGUUGAUUCAACAGCAAGAGCACAUUCGGCUUCAGCCACAGCUCCAAAACCAGCAAAAGGAACAGUUGAUUCAACAGCAAGAGCCCAUUCGGCAUCAAUCACAGCUCCAAAACCAGCAAAAGGAACAGUUGAUUCAACAGCAAGAGUCCAUUCAGCAUCAAUCACAGCUCCAAAACCAGCAAAAGGAACAGUUGAUUCAACAGCAAGAGCAUAUUCGGCAUCAGCCACAGCUCCAAAACCAGCAAAAGGAACAGUUGAUUCAACAGCAAGAGCCCAUUCGGCAUCAAUCACAGCUCCAAAACCAGCAAAAGGAACAGUUGAUUCAACAAAAAGAGCACAUUCGCCAUCAGCCACAGUUCCAAAACCAGCAAAAGGAACAGUUGAUUCAACAGCAAGAGCACAAUCGGCAUCAGUCACAGCUCCAAAACCAGCAAAAGGAACAGUUGAUUCAACAGCAAGACCCCAUUCGGCAUCAAUCACAACUCCAAAACCAGCAAAAGGAACAGUUGAUUCAACAAAAAGAGCAUAUUCGCCAUCAGCCACAGCUUCAAAACCAGCAAAAGGAACAGUUGAUUCAACAGCAAGAGCACAUUCGGCAUCAGCCACAGUUCCAAAACCAGCAAAAGGAACAGUUGAUUCAACAGCAAGAGCACAUUCGGCUUCAGCCACAGCUCCAAAACCAGCAAAAGGAACAGUUGAUUCAACAGCAAGAGCACAUUCGGCUUCAACCACAGCUCCAAAACCAGCAAAAGGAACAGUUGAUUCAGCAGAAAGAGGUGUUGCAAAAACCACCACUCCAACAGUUACAAAAGUCUCAACAGCCACAGCAACCGCCAUCACUUCAACCUCAACUUCCAUUGCCAAGUAAGCAUCAACCACAGGCACCACAGCAACUACAAAGUCAGCAUCAUACUCAACAGCAAGUGCAAACCCAGCACCAGACCCAACAGCCAGUGCAAUCCCAGCAUCAGACUCAACAUCCAGUUCUAAACCAGCAUCAUACUCAACAGCCUGUACAAUCCCAGCAUCAUUCUCAACAUCUGGUACAAUCUCAGCAUCAUACUCAACAGCCUAUGCAAACCCAGCAUCAGACUCAACUGCCAGUGCAAACCCAGCAUCAUUCUCAACAUUCAGUGCAAUCCCAUCAUCAGGUUCAACAGUCAGUGCAAAACCUACAUCAUUCUCAACAACCAGUGCAAAACCAGCAUCAGACUCAGCAUCCCGUGCAAAACCAGAACCAGACUCAACAUCCAGUGCAAAACCCUCUUCAGCCACAAUUGCCAAUGCUACAAAAACAACCAAUCCAACCUCAACAAUUCCAACACCAACAGCUUCAAAAACAGCAGCAAUCACAUCCUCCUCAGCAAUUACAUCACUCUCAACACCAGCCGCAUUUGCAUCAGCAACAGAUUCACCAACAGCAGCAGGUUAUCAAACCAGUGCUUCAAGAGAAGUCUGCAGAUCAGCCCACCAAUGCACCUUCUGUUGCUUCUACCAACUUUCAGAAAUCUGAAAAGAUUAUCCACCAGCAGGUUAUGCCACAGCACCACAAUACUGUGUUAGUUCAUCAAGCUCAAGCUCAGCCUCAAACAGCGCAGGUCGUGAAGCCAUUGAGUGUUCAAGUCAUAAAUUCUCCAGUGAUUAAGUCAUUGGAUCAAAGUGUUUUGAAGCAUACUCAACCUCAUCCAAAACUGAACAGUCCUCCUGUGGUCCAUGCACCCCAGACAACGGCAACUGCAUCGUUACAAUCGAAGCCUCCAUUACAUCAUAUCUCUCCUUACCAAGGAAGGAUGCCAAACCCUUUACCACACCUUAUUCCUCCUCACCUCCCUGUUAAACCAACUGGUCAAAUGUCUUUGCAGACUCCUCAGCUGACUCCUCUCGUUAAGGCAGGUUUGGCUACAUCUCCUAGGCCUCUUGUUCAUACAAUACAGAACCCUCAGAGUACAAUACAGAAUCAGAAACAACUUCACGUGGUGACUCAAAAUCUUCAACAUUCUCCACAACCACCUGUAAGUCCUCAAAAUUUGAAAGUAAUUAGGCCUGUUCAAAAUCCUAAUAUCAGGUCACCAAUGCCACAACAACAAUCUCCUAUUAGACCUCCUUCGGCUUCAAUACCAUUGUUGCAGACGGUCAACACAUCAGAUGCUACCUUAAACAAACAAUAUCAUGUAAGACCUCCUCAGCAUUUGCCUAAUACUCAUCUACUUCAAUGUAGCCCGAGUCAGGUUCCUCAUCCAGAAAAGGUUAUGAAUCUUUCACCAAGUCUGCCUAUUCAAAGUGCACCUGUUGCACUCACUCAAAAAGGUGGAAAUGUAUCUACAAUAAAAACUAAUGAAAUCAUCAGUAAAUCUCCGUUUCAACCAGAAAAUAGUGCCGAGAAACAGAAUAAUAUCCGUAGUGUUGAAUUUAAUACUAAUGCUGUGCAGGAAUCAAUGUCGGUGCUACAAUCUCCGAAAAUUCAGGUUAAUUCAAUUGAGUUGCCAAAUAAUGAAAACCCAUUACCUCUAAAGAAGACGACUGUAGACGAAGUUCAGCAAAUUAGGCCUCCGCUAAUUGAAUCUAAGCCUAACACAAAAACCAACAUUGAUGAAAACAAGCCUUUGAAUGCGGUCAUACAAGAUCUCACCCUUAAGGCAACUAACAAAGUUUUAGGCAAUACACAUCCUAACACUACAAAUAUGGAAAUAAAAUCUGAAACUCCAAGACCUAUAGAUCAAGUUGUUCGAGAAUUACAGUUGCGGAAAAAAUCUAUAUCUGCUCCUGAAGAAUCUGAAAAGCCUACUCCUAUAAAUGAGACUAAAGUCAAAGAAGAAAAUGAAGAAAGUAAUAAUGAUGUAAAUUCCAAUACAAACUCUUCUCUAAAGCAAGAAGAAGAAGAACCAAUAAAAAAAGAACCUUUAUUGUUGCCUGAUGAAAACAAAAAAUCUGAUGAACUUGUGAAGACGGAAGUGAAAGAGGAAAAGAGAGGAGACGAAGUAACGACACCUAAGGAAGAGUCGAAAAUAGAGAAAGAGGAGAUUGAGAUUCCUAAGACACCACCGAAUGCUAAACUUGAAGUAAAGCAACAACUCUCUCCUCAUAAUCCAGAUUCAAAAACUCCCAAAUCCUCGAAAGAACUAGAACAAGAUAUUCCGUCUUCUGAUGAAAGAGUUAUACCGAGCGAGAAAUCAAUACCACCGAGUGGAAGUGGCCGUGGGCGAGGUGGACGGAGGAGGAAGUUGGGGCGAGGUGGUGCAAGUGGCGUGACUACAAGAAGAGGCGGUCGCCACGCUACUGCAGUAGUUAGCAGUCCUGCCCCACCUGCUCGACCACAGGUCCCGGCUGAUGUGUAUGAGUUCCGGGAUGAUUCGGAAGAGGAGCGUCCGCGACUGAUACUGACCAUUAAACCUGAGCAGCCGUCACAGUCUUCGUCAUCAAUAGUUCCUUCGACUCGCAAAUCGAGGCGGUUGCAGGAGAAGGAUGGAACAAGGACGAUGAUUGAUGAUUCAGUUGAAGAACUAAUAAUAAGAGGACCUGGUAGACCUAGUAGGCGAGCAACAAGGAGUACUGCACCCUUGCUCUCUACACCGGUUGUCGAAACAACUAGAAAGUCACCUAGAAGGAAACAAGCUGUCGCCUCACAGCCGGUCCGAAGUGAACGUUCGCCUACUCCUCAACCAGUAGCCUCUCCGCAGAAUCCUCCUACGCCUCAACCCGGAGUUCAUACUCAACAGCCUACAUCAGUUCCUACACCAGAACCACCUGCAGCUGCUCUGGUGUCUCCAUCACCUCAGGCGCCAGUUCCGCCUCCUGUACAACCGCCACCAGUGCAGGUGACACAGCUGGUGCCACAGAAGCAACCUGAACCCGAAGUGGUGGUGCUAGCACCUCAGCAGCCUCUCCAAAAGGAACCUCCAAAAUUACUUAGUCCACCUCGAACCCAGCCACAAAUCCAGUCUCAGCCUCAGCUUGCCUUGCAGCAGCAGCAGCAGCAGCAACCACCAGUGCCUCCGCCUCAACAACCAAUUAUAUCUCAAGCACAGCAGAUUGUCAAGCCGAUCCACAAACUUACACCUUUGUCAAAGCCUGAAAUAAAGGUCGGUCCUAUCAUGCAGCAGAGGCCAGGGGAGCCGACAAACCUCAUCGACCCAGUCACUGGGUUGUUAAUCCCAAUGAGAGAGGGAGAAGAGGGGCAGUACAUUCCUGUCGGUGGCAUCGACAGUGAUGCUCCUCCGGAGAAACGGAUGAGGUUAGAAGACGGGAUCACCAAAGCACCUGUAGCUGCCAUCAGGCCUAGUGUCGUAAGACCACCUCAGCAGGCCCCACAUGCGAUACCCAAGCCUGCCUCGCCUCCUCGACUCCCUCAAAAGCCCGUAGUCAAUAGUACAAUACCAAGACCACCAAAAGCUCACUUGUUGCAAGCUGUCGCCGCAGAGCGGGCUAAGAUGAUGCCUAGACCACGUCCAAAACUGGUUCCUCCUCAAGUGCAGCAAAUCCAAGCUCCUAAACCACCUACACCGAUGACUCCGAAGGCCCACAUCUUACAGGCCAUCGGAAGUGCUGCGCAGGCAAGAGAAGGUGUUAUUGGUUCUGCAGCGCCACAUCAAGGGUCUAUAUUAACUGGUUCCGUAGCUAGCCCGCCUCUUAGGGUGCACCCGCAACCUAUGGUUACGGGUGCGAGUAGUACAAGGUUUGUUGAAAGAGCCGGAGGUCGAUUAGCUGCGGAAGGAGGCUGCAUCGUCGUUCCGUCGGCAUCACCCCAGCCCCCUCCAAGAGGGCAGGUCAUGCAGGCAGGCCUCCCCGUUCCGGCUUACGAAGCCUCAUUGCACGGUGUGGUGGCGGAGCUGCUCCCAAAUCCGCAAUGGCCUCGGCAGCAAAGCCCUCCUCCUGCCCACCAACAUUCUACCCAAACCCAGGGUGACGUCGUGCAACACGUGAGUGGCUAUGGGCACCAUAUUCAACCCGCGCAUUAUGUGCACCCUCAGUUGAUGUACCAACAAUAUUUGAGGGAAGCAGCCCUCGGACAGUCCCCAUACCACCGCGGCGUGAAGGAUGUGGAUGAUCCAGUGGUGAGAGGCUCGCCGCCACUCGAACUCAGGCGACGGGCGUCUCCUCACGAUCGUACCACUGACUCCCCGCAAGUGGCGACCCUCUACGGUAGACCUCAUCUCUAUCCUCCUCCUCCGGCUCACAGGCCGGCGCCCGCAACGAGGCAUCAAGUCGCCACUCCACCUCAUGCUAGUCAAAGGUAUCCCGUAAUGUGGCAAGGGCUCUUAGCAUUGAAAAAUGACCAGGCCGCUGUGCAGAUGCACUUCGUCUUCGGUAACCCUCUUGUAGCUCGUGACUCUCUUCCUUGUAACAGCGACGGUUCUACUCCGCCCCUCAGGAUCUCUCAGAGGAUGCGGCUUGAACAAACACAACUGGAUGGAGUUGCAAGGAAAAUGCAGAUGGACAAUGAACAUUGCAUGUUGUUGGCACUUCCAUGCGGACGGGAUCACAUGGACGUGCUGCAGCAAAGUAACAACCUCCAGAGUGGCUUCAUCACGUAUUUGCAACAAAAGCAAGCUGCCGGAAUCGUAAACAUUGCUGCACCGGGUUCUCAGCAGGCUGCUUAUGUUGUUCAUAUCUUCCCGGCCAGUGAGUUUGCUAACGAUAGCCUUGCUCGGAUUGCACCAGACUUGCUCCACAGGGUUACGGACAUAGCUCAUUUACUGAUUGUGAUUGCCACCGUCUAGCUCGUCGGGAGCUUCCUUUUUCGACUUUGACGCAACAACACCGGCUGCGACGUGUAUAAUCUUCUGGCACGGAUCUCGAAUAUAUAGUGUGACACAGUUUGAACUAAUGAAUUGAACAUAGAGAAAAGAAGUUAGUUUUUAUGUUUUUAGGAAUGUCCAGCGCUAUCUGCUGUCGAAUUAUUUUUUAAGUAUUCGUCUUUUCAUCUUUUUUUGGCGGAAACUGAGAACAUUUUAAAAAGUGAAAUAUGAGUACUUGUUUAUACAAAUAGACUUUUUAAAACGUUUGAUAGACUUGAUGAAUAAAAGUGUAUAUUUCUCGCUUUUUUUUUUAUAUAUGUAUCUAAGUGUGUACAUUUUGUUUUUAUAAAGUAGCUUUAAGUUGUUAAUUGGGACAAAUUUUUGUUUUUAUUUUAAUUAUAAAGAAAAAUUAAAAAAAAAAAAAAAAAACAUGUACUAAUUGUGUAUAAAUAUUGUUAAGAAGGUAAUACCGUUUAUGUAUAAUUUUGAACUCUCUGCAAUGUUUUUUAUUGCAUCGGUAAAUGGCCACUGUAUAUUUGUAUUGUGGUUUCAUUUGUAAAUAUUGUAAAUAUUAUAAAUAUAUAAAUACAGAAUUAAAAAAUUUAUUUAGCAAUAAAAAAAAAGGUUACUAUUACUAAAAUUGAUUAUCACUCCAUUAUAACAUCGAAUUACGAUAAUUGUUUAUAUUAUAUAUGUCUAUUAUGUACAUGGUAUAUCUAAAGAAAGUUAUAUAUAAAUAUACAGCCAUUUAAUAUCGAAUAAUAAAAAAAAAAAAAAAAAAUCUUGUACAAAAUGUUUUAAAAAGUGGAUAAAAAAAAUUAUUGUAUUUAUUUGAUAUGACACUUCCAAUCUUCGAAGUACAAAAAAGGUUGUUUAAAGAUAGAAUCGAAAUGCGGACUAGGGACUGAAAUUGUAUGGAGUGAUGAUAAUUAAUUGACCAAAUAAUUGCAACUUGUUUAUGAUAAGUUUUACAUGUGAUGAUUGAUUAGUCUAUAACAGAUGUAAUAUUUGUAAACUCGAUUAAAAAAAAAAAAUUGGAAAAAAAUUAUUUAAAAAAAGAAACAAAUCAGAAAAAAAAUCCUAAAAAGUUGUAUAUAUUAUUAAUUUGAUAAAUUAAUGUCAGUUUGCUCAAAUAAUUAUAGAUUAUAUAUUAUAUAUAUAAAAAAUACAAUAUAUAUAUACAUAUAUACAAAUUGCUUCUAAGUUACGAGGCAUAAUGUACAUAAAAGAUGUAUCUAGUAGAUGUUUGUUUUGUGUGACGUAAUAGUCUGCAUUAAACCCAACUUCUAUUUUCUUUUUUAUCUCGUUAAAACUUUGUAAAUAGUUCAGAGAGUUUCUUGGGCUGUGAUCUCUGCAUUAAGUUGUAUUGUCGUUAUUUUUCAAUCGAUAAAAAUAUAUUUAAAAAAAUCAUCCAGUGAUUUAAGUUAUUAAAUGAAUAAUAAAGAUGUUAGUGAAAAUUAUGUUUUGUUUGUGUUUAUUUUGUCUUCCUUAUUUUAUCUUUUGUUUUUUUUUUUACCUUUGUCCAAUGUGGUCUACUCACCAUUUCUUGGUAUGUUGUAAAAAAAAAAAUUGUCUAUUAAUUUAAUCGUAAUCUUUGAGUAAUUCUACUGGUUACAAGGCCUAUGCCAAAGGCUCUUUUUAACUCUUUCUGAAGGCUUUAUUUUUUUUUUUAGACAUCAUUGUACGUAAAAGACAUAUUUGUUUUUAUUCAAGCACAGACAAAUAGGCUAAUGCACUUUUUUUUUUUAAAAACUCGGCUUCUUUAUGAAAAAGUCAUUUUAAAUUUUUAUGUUUUAUUAUUUUUGUAUAUUUGGCUGAAAUUUGAUUUUACUAAAAAAAUCAUAGAUUAAUCAUAUUUUUAUUAAUUAAUUUUAGAAAAUUUUUAAAUUAAUAAAAGUAUUGCUUGCCCAGUAGUCAAAAUUCAGCUAUAAUCAUUGUUGAAAAUUUGAGGAAAACCUAAAUGAAUUAGUGUAUGUUCCUAAAAAAUUUUUUCUUCACAUUUAUUCGUACAUACACUAUUGUAUAUAGUCCGGGGUAUAGGCCCCUUUUUAUUAAAUUAUUAACAUCCACCUCAAACUUCAUAAAUAGCUUCAUCUCAUCGUAACCUUAAACUAUUUUAUAUACGAAAAUUCUGGGAAUUGUUGCGUUUUCAAUCUGGAGAUAGUCAAACAUUGUCUAUUUAAUUAGGUAAUAAAAAUUCGUAAACACCCAUUUGCUUUCCACUUAAAUCGUAUGAUAAUUUGAGCAAAAACUUGAGAAAAAAGGUUGCCUUCAAAAAUAUUGAGCUGUUUGACGUGACCUACACUCCCAAAAUGUGAAAACAAUUAUUGUAUAUGCCAAACAGCCCAAUAUUUUUGUAGGCCACCUUUUUUUCUCGAUUUUGUGAUCAUAUUAUCUAAAGAUCCAAGGGAAAAGCAAAUGGGUGUGUUUACCAGUUUUUAUUACCUAAUUAAAUAGACAAAGUUUGCUGACCUCAAGAUUGAAAACGCUCCAAUUCCAAGAGUUUUCAUAAAUAAAAUAGUUGUAGGUUACGAUGAAAUGAAGCUAUUCACGAAGCUUCAGGCGGAUGUUAAUAAUUUGAUAAAAAGGUAUCUGUACCACGAUUUAAUACUUACAAUAGAAAAUAGUGCAGUACCAUUUGUUUACUUUUUAGUUAUUCACAAAUAAAAUUCUGAAUCUAUCAUUAUUUUCUUCAAAAAAAAUAUAUUUGAACCCAUUUUGCUCCUUCUGUCGGUACAAAUUGUUUCAUUUCAACAUUGUACUUAUUCUCUAUAUAAAGAAUAUUAUUUGAAAACAAUGAAAAAAAAAUCCAAUAAAAAUAUUUGAUCGG